GGCCGGCCCCGCCCCGGCGCAGGAUCCUAGCCUCUGAUUGGCUGGAUCGGGCGGUGGGCGGGACGAGGAGACGCCUGCCGGACGUGCGGCGCUCCGCAGGACCAGAGGCCGGUUGGUGUGAGCGGUGUUGGUCCCUGUCGGAAGAUUCUUCAAGCAAUCAGUAUGUCAACCAAUACAGAUGUUUCUCUUUCUUCCUAUGAUGAAGAUCAGGGAUCCAAGCUUAUCCGAAAAGCUAAAGAGGCACCAUUUGUCCCCAUUGGGAUGGCGGGUUUUGCAGCAAUUGUUGCCUAUGGGCUCUACAGACUGAAAAGCAGGGGAAAUACGAAAAUGUCCCUUCACCUGAUCCACAUGCGUGUGGCCGCUCAAGGCUUCGUGGUAGGAGCCAUGACUGUUGGUAUGGGCUAUUCCAUGUAUCGGGAAUUUUGGGCGAAACCUAAGCCUUAGAAGACGGGAUGCAGGCUUGGGUCUGUUAGACAUCUCAUAUUGAGGUUACAUUUUCUGUUGAAAAUAAAUAAUUUGAGUGGAUGUGGACAAUAA